AUGGCGUGGCUCUCUCGUCCUCUGACCGUCAUCGGUCUGGUCAUUCUUGCUCAUGGAUGUUACUCUGCGCAUGAGCACACAGUCCUCUCAUCCACCUCAGUACAGCAUCCCACAUCACCCUCGGCAACUUCUCUACCCCUGGACAUUUACAUCGAAACCAUUGCUGCAACUCUUUUGAUCUGCUUGGGACUUGUGCUGGGAUCAGGAACGCCGGAGCCAAUUCAAUGGCACACUUGGGCUGGCAAGAUUGAGCGGGAGGGAGACAGUACCUCGGGCGAUGCGGACAAGGAACUGCGCAGCAAUCCGUUCAACGCCCUGGAAGCUCGAAGCGGGUUCAUCAACAUUCACAAGCUGCAUGGCGACUUUGUCAAGUAUCAGCAGCUGGGCAAAUAG